AUGGAAGGGAAGGAGGAAGAUGUUAGACUUGGAGCUAACAAGUUCAACGAGAGACAGCCCAUUGGAACGGCGGCACAGAGUCAAGAUGACGCUAAGGACUACAAGGAGCCACCACCGGCGCCUUUGUUUGAGCCGGAGGAGCUCACUUCGUGGUCCUUUUACAGAGCUGGAAUUGCCGAGUUUUUCGCUACUUUCCUCUUCCUCUACAUCACCGUUUUGACCGUCAUGGGUGUCGUCCGGUCCAAGAGUAUUGAGGGGAACACGUGUAAGACCGUCGGAAUUCAGGGGAUUGCUUGGGCUUUCGGCGGUAUGAUUUUUGCUUUGGUUUACUGUACUGCUGGAAUUUCCGGUGGCCACAUUAACCCGGCGGUGACUUUCGGGCUGUUUCUGGCGAGGAAGCUGUCCUUGACUAGGGCCGUUUUCUACAUAGUGAUGCAGUGCCUUGGUGCCAUCUGCGGUGCCGGCGUGGUGAAAGGGUUCCAACCCAAGCCCUACGACGCCCUUGGCGGCGGAGCUAACAUGGUGGCCAAGGGAUACACCAAAGGGGAUGGCCUUGGCGCUGAGAUCGUGGGUACUUUCAUCCUUGUUUACACCGUCUUCUCCGCCACUGAUGCUAAACGUAGCGCCAGAGAUUCACAUGUUCCGAUAUUGGCACCAUUACCCAUCGGAUUUGCAGUGUUCUUAGUUCACUUAGCCACCAUUCCGAUCACGGGCACCGGCAUCAACCCAGCGAGGAGCUUGGGAGCGGCCAUUAUUUACAACCACGACGAAGCAUGGGAUGAUCACUGGAUAUUCUGGGUGGGACCUUUCAUCGGCGCUGCUCUUGCAGCUCUGUACCACCAAGUUGUAAUCAGAGCCAUCCCUUUCAAGUCCAAGUGAAAAUCUUAUCUAAAUCCAUGAUGCUUCUUCAAUCCAUCACAGCCGUCGGAUCCCAAAAAGAAGGCUGUUUUCCCCUUUUGUGUUGUAAUUUUUUUUAGUUUUAUGGUAUUUAAAAUUCCAACUUUGGGACCCAAGUUGUAAGGGAGUGCAGUGUUAUCUGUAAUUAUAUGUGUGGCUAUGAAGCUUUGUAUGGUUAAUUUCCCAGAAAAAAACAAACGAAAAAAGAAUUGAAAUAAUGAUACCCACUCUCCUUUUUACCUGCUUU